UUCUCUCAGUGUCUCUCUCUCUCCCUCCAUCAGUCCAUCUGUAAAUCAGUCUCACCGUUCAUCACUCUCUCUCCGUUCAUUAGUCAGUCUGUCUGUCGUUGUCUCCAGAAAGACUGACACUCUUGGAGCCUCUAAGGAGCUCACAGACAUCUGAAAACUACAGACCACCAACUACAGACCACCAACUACAGACCCCGUCAGAGGCUGGCAGACGACGACACAUAUCAGAUGGCCACCUGGUGGUUGAGGUGGGGUACUGCUGCUGUGAUGGCGGUCAGCAUCCUGGCCUCCUUUGUAACCUCUGUUGCCAUGGAGCAAAGCUGUAACGCAAACCUUGGUUACCCCGGAUUACCCGGGAUACCGGGAGCUCACGGAGCCAACGGUAAAGACGGACCAAAGGGAGAGAAGGGAGACCCAGGUGAGUCUGGUCUGGGAGGGAAGGGUCUGAAAGGGGAGCCAGGUGAAUCAGGUCCUCCAGGAAGGUCAGGUCUUCCAGGGAACCCCGGGCAGCUUGGACCCAAAGGACCCGCUGGCCCCCCCGGGGAGAAAGGUAGCCCAUCUGGGGUCGACUCCUCCCUCACCUCCUUCUUCUCCUACAAGAGGAACACCAUUCAGCAGCCUCCCAAGAACUUGCCCAUGCGUUUCGACGCACCAAUACUGUCGGGCCUUGACCCUAGCCUGGAAGGUGUUUCGCUGAGGGAAGGGUUGUUUAAGUGUACCAUUAGUGGCGUGUACUUCUUUACCUAUCAUCUGUCGGCUAAGAACCUGCUCUGUCUUAACCUGAAGAAGGGGACAGAGACCAAGGUGGCGUUCUGUGAUUCGUCGAGUGGAUUCCUGGUAACGUCUGGGUCGGUGGUGCUGGAUCUGAAAAAGGGAGACGAGGUGUCUCUACAGCCCACCGAAAACAACGCUAUCAUCACUAAAGACGAACGAGCUGACAACACCUUCACCGGCUUCCUGAUCUUGCCCAGCUCAUAGAACCACACAGAACCUUCACCGGCCACACAGAACCACACAGAACCACACAGAACCACUUUGAAUGAGCUCAAACCAGAUUCAACCAGAUCUAAUCUUGGUUGCAUAAGAAGUAACAUUUUGUCACUUCCUGUUUUACUUCAAUUUAGAAUUUGUAGGUGUGGUAUCUAGCGGAAACCUUUUAUCAUCCGCACGCGGGUUUGAAAUCUCAGCCCCAGUUUAAUCACCGCUUUCGCCCAAUCCUGAUUCUAUCAAAUAAUCAAUGAUGAAAACCCCAAACCAGGAACUACUGCUGCUCGUAAUCACAUCAUUCUACGUGAGCCUUGACAGAUUGUUGCCGUUUACACGCAGAAUCUGUCCACGAGAGAUUAAACCCUGAUCCCACCUGCUGAAACCAGCUUCCUGCUCUUCCACACCACAUAAAAUACAUAUCAUAGCCACCUCAUUCUGCUCUAGAAGCAUCUGCAGCACAGCCAUCCAUCUCUGUGUCUGCCUCCCUGUCUAUACUGCUAAUAAAAUACAUAUCAUAGCCACCUCGUUCUGCUCUAGAAGCAUCUGCAGCACAGCCAACCAUCUCCGUGUCUGUGUCUGCCUCCCUGUCUGUACUGCUGCUGCUGCUUGCUGAGACAGUUCAUCAAUCAAUCAAUCAAUUCAUUCAUUCAUUUCCCCAGGUCGUUGUUGUAAAUGAGAACAUAUUCUCAGUCAACUCACCUGAUAAAAAAUAAGGAAUACAUUUAAAAUAAAUCAAAUAAUCAAUCAUGUAUUGCAUCUGCAUCUGCUGAGCUGCCUACCAAAACUAAAAGAUAUCAUUUUGGAAAUGAAUUUUCAAUCAAUAAAGAGAUUUGUUACCA